AUGAGUGAUGAAGAAGCGUUUAAAAGGACAAUGCUUAAUAAAGGUUUAGGACCUGAGUUUCUAUCAAAAAGACCUGGAUAUAACAAAAAGACAUUAGUAUAUAUAGAAAGCAACCUUGUAAUAGAUAUUGCAAACAGGAUAUUUGGUUAUGAUGGAUGGUCAUCAGAGAAAAAAGAAUUUAAGAUUGAAUUUAUAGAUGAGAAAGAUGGGACUUUCACAGUAUGUUGUUCUUGCAUCAGUCGUAUCACGUUAAAAAAUGGUACAUAUAAAGAGGACAUUGGAUUUGGAAAUUCAGUUAAAUUUAAAAAUAAAACUAUUGCAAUUAAAGAUGCAGCCAAAGAAGCUUUUACUGACAGUUAUAAGAGAUGUUUCCGUCAAUUUAGAUUUGUAUUAGGCAACUGUCUUUAUAAUAAGGAGUUUAUUAAAAAUGUAGAAAACGUGAGAAACAAACAAAAUUACCAAUUUGAUCCAAUGAAUUUAUUUCGAUACGAAGAUUUAAAAAGCAAUGAAAAGCAAAAACAGUGCUUUAAAGAUACUUUUAAUGAUUCUGAUUUCCCACUAACAGGUGACAAUUUUGAAGACAAUUAA